AUGGUGGUGGCCAGGCUUAAAUUCCACCUACUACCCCAAAUGAGUAACAACCAGUACGGGUUCAUGCCACAGCGCAGCACCGAGGACUCCCUUUAUGUCCUAAUGAAACGUAUAAAAAGCAAACUACAUCAAAAGAAGAUAAUCACGAUAAUAUCACUCGACAUAGAGGGGGCUUUUGAUGGUGCUUGGUGGCCGGCUAUAAGGACCCGUCUGGCAGAUGAAAACUGUCCAGUCGAGCUAAGACGCGUAAUUGAUAGCUACCUCACGAACCGAAGGGUAACUGUCAGAUAUGCCGGGGAGCAAUACAGCCUGGACACCACCAAAGGAUGCGUGCAGGGGUCGAUAGCGGGUCCCAUCCUCUGGAACUUGCUUCUGGACCCGCUGUUAAAAAGCUACGAGCAAAAGGGAUACUACUGUCAGGCAUUUGCCGACGACGUCGUCCUUGUCGUUGAUGGGGACACUGCCCUUGAAAUAGAAUUGCGCGCAAACGCUGCUCUCAGCCAUGCUCAGGAGUGGGGAGUCAAAAAUAAACUCCGAUUUGCACCACAUAAAACAAACGCCAUGGUAAUCACGCGGAGGCUUAAGUAUGACACCCCUCGACUGUGUAUGGGUGGGACCAGCAUAGCCAUGACAAAAGAACUAAAAAUACUUGGAGUAACCAUCGACGACAAGCUGACAUUCAACAGCCACGUCUCAAAUGUCUGCAGAAAGGCAAUAGCAGUGCACAAGCAACUGUCGAGGGCUGCAAAGACGGAAUGGGGGCUUCAUCCUGAAGUAAUCAAAAUAAUAUAUGUGGCAACCAUAGAACCGAUAGUGCUGUAUGCCGCCAGCGUGUGGGCGCACGCUGCGAAUAAACUCGGUAUACAAAAGCAGCUGGCGGUGGUGCAACGUGGAGUGGCACAGAAAAUCUGCAAAGCCUACCGUACGGUCUCCUUGAACUCAGCGCUGAUUCUGGCAGGGAUACUCCCUCUAGACCUCCGAGUACGAGAGGCGGCACUAUUGUAUGAAGCCAAGCGAGGUGAGUACCUGCCUGACUCAGUACCUGACGAUAGGGAGAUUGAACGGAUGGCACCGGCAAUAGAAAUGCCCCACCCCGCAGAGCGCGAAGAGUUGGGAGUGGUUCGCCUGGUAAACUUAGAUGAUGUCAACUCGAACAGCGAAUUCGACGUACGAAUAUUCACCGACGGUAGCAAAAUUGGGGGCGGUGUCGGGGCCUCACUUUCUAUCUGGAAGGGAGAAACCGAAACUAAAGCCCACAGGCUUGCCCUGUCAAAAUACUGCACCGUUUACCAGGCAGAACUACUUGCCCUCUGUAAGGCCACAAGAGAAGCAAAGAAAUAUGCCGAGAAAUCGUUUGGAAUCUACAGCGACUCUAUGGCUGCCCUCCAAACAGUACAAAACCACAGUUGUCUUCACCCCCUAGCAGUAGAAGCCAGAGAGAAUUUAAAAGCCAUGUCUCUCCAGGGUAAAGUAGCUACUCUACACUGGAUUAAAGCUCAUGCAGGGUUAGAGGGCAACGAGCGGGCUGACGAGCUGGCGAAAGGAGCAGCUGUGGGCUCCAAGCGAAAGCCGGACUACGACCACUGUCCGGUCUCGUUCGUCAAGCGUAGCAUUCGCAUGUCAACGCUUGACGAGUGGAACCGGAGGUACAAAUCUGGCGAAACGGCAUCCAUUACAAAACUUUUCUUCCCGGAUGCAGUAAAGGCAUAUAGGAUGACAAAGAAAUUCACACCAACAAACUUGAAAACACAACUGAUGACGGGGCACGGUGGGUUCUCCGAAUACUUGAACCGAUUCAAGUGCAAGGAGAGCCCAUCGUGCAUCUGCGAUAGCAAUAUACAAGAAACAGUGCCGCAUAUAUUGUUCGAAUGCCCAGCUUUUGGCAAAGAAAGGUUUGAAAUAGAACAAAACACCAAACUUGACAUAACUGCCGCCAACCUGCAAAAUAUUAUGGACAGUACAGAGAUGGAAAAUUUCUUAGAAUUCUGCCUGAAAAUUGUAAAGAGGGUUGUAGAAAGAAACAAAACUAGAUAG